UUCUUUAGCUUAAUGGGCUUAUGGGCUUCUACGUUCUAGAAAUUUCCUACUACACAAAAUAUCUUUCGUUUUAUCCAAAUUCCAAAACAGUAAUAAGAUUAUAAGAACAAUAAAUAUCUUAUCCAGUAACUAACGAACGUAUAUCCCAAUUAUUGUGAACAUCACCACCGUCAGAUCACGCCCUUAUCAUUCAUGACCGUCAGAUCCUCAUAUUUUACAUCACACGUGGCCGUGACUCUUUACCGGAUAACCGGAUUGUCUCUUCUUUAAAACCGUGCCCAAGCGACUCGUGAGUGAGACUCGCUCUAAGACCCAGUUUGACUCGUUGAUCAACGAAAGUGUGAGUUUGAGGUGAAAGAUGACGGCGACGAUAGAUCGGAGGUUAUCAACGCUGAAUCCAAACGCGCCGGUGUUUGAUCCGGUGGAAUUUCGUGAGGUGGAGGAUUUUUCACCGAAAUGGUGGGAUCUAGUAACGACUUCGAAAUGGUUCCGUGACUUUUGGCUCAGUGCUAACUCUGAGAAUGAGUUCCUCGGCGGCGACGAUUUCUCAGUUAUGGAAGAAGAGUUCGAGGAGAUGAUCGCAUCGUCUGAUGGUGGAUCCAUGGCUGAUACAGUUACAGAAGCAGAUGUGGCUAGUUAUUUGAAGAUGCUUUUGAACAUAGCGGAGUCUACGAAAGAGAAGAUUUAUAGAUCGAAGGUUUCGUCUUGUUCACCAAAGUAUAAUCAGAAGAAGUACAUGAAUCCGAACUUUAAUUGUCGCCGGAAUCAUCAUAUCUAUCAGCCACGGUGAAGCUUCUAGAAGGAACAAAGCUCUUCUUCUUCUUCUUUCGAGAUGAUAAUCAGAGUCGUGUCUGUGUUUAUGGCUGAAUCUGAUCUUUUCUGCUUUCUUGUUUUUUGUAAUUCUGUGAAUAUUCCUACUUUCUAUAAUAACAUCACUUUAUGUUAUGAGCAUAACCAAAUUGAAAUCGAACCAGGUCGAAUCGAAAUGUUUGGGUCGGUUUAAAAUGGGAUUGUAUCAUUUGUCUUUGGAAACCAAAUCUAACAACAAUAUUGAAACCGG